AUGGAAUCGAGUACUGUCUCCGCCAUGAAGGGCGAUAAACUGAAGGACCCUCCUCAAUGGAGGAAUUGGCUGGCAAGAGUGAAGCUUUUGGCUCGCCAGAAGAAGGUGUGGGACCUUAUAAACCCACAGAUUGAGGAAGAUAGGCUCGAGCAGCCGAUGCGCAAGCCGAGAAGGCCUCAAUAUACAGAGGGCGGAAGCGAGAGUGUAAAGCGCGAAUGGAGAGAUCGGCUUGAUAUCUAUAAGCUUGAUCUUGCAGAAUGGGAGCAGCAAGCAAAGGGACUAGAUGCUGUGAACGAGUGGAUUAUCAUCAACCUUGAUCCGAUUCACCAUGCCUCCCUGCUUGAUUAUGAGACUCCGUAUGAGCGCUUAGUGUAUCUCGAGACUCGAUUUGCCCGAUCGAAUGCGUACGAGGAGGAUAUUCGUGCUCAGUGGAAACAGUUCUCGUCGAUGCCGCCAAGGAAGGGCGUGGAUAUCGACCGCUGGCUAGCCGACUGGAAUACCCUAAGGGAACAAGCAGUUACCUUGAAUUUGCCAGAAGUGAAGAGUGCGAACAAGGAUUUCCUUCGUGCGGUGAAAAACGUCUUGCCUAUCUGGUGGCAGGCGAAGUACGAGUCUAUCAUCAUGAAUCAUGAGGAUUGGGAGACUCGAGACUUGAUUGAGAAUUUCCGAGGAUUCUACCACGAGGUAAUACCUCAGGAACCAGACAAUACGAUCUCGGAAGCUUCUUUCUCGACAUUUCAGGACUUCAAAGAAGCGGAGUCAGAAGCAAAAGAGAUGGAAGAAGAUGACCAGCACAUACUACAGAAGCAGGAAGAUAAGCCUUUUGCUAAGCGAAGGUGCCCCUGCGGAAACCCUGGUCAUAAAGCAUGGCUAUGCUACACCAUCAACGAGGCCGUACGCCCACAAGACUGGGUGGUACAGAAGGCCAAGAUACAGAGGGUACAGAAAGCUUUAAAAGAAGACCCUCAGUGGAAGGACUGGAUCGAGGCAAAGAUCAAGGUGUAUAAUGAGAAGCAGCAGAAAGGGCAGGAUAAGGAACCGGUUGCCAACAAUGCCCUAUUCCCACCACCUCAGGUCUCACUCUCCGCGAUCUCGACAGAUAAUCUCUCACCAGUCGACAUUUAG